AUGAACCCCCGAGAAGAUUCCUCGUUUGCAGCUUUCCGGUUAAAGACCGAGAUUGAAUCUAUCCAACUUCUCCCAGGAUCACUGUUGAAUGUGGAUAGGUCUUCUGAGGAUAAAUACGCUAUGGAAAUAAAAUAUUCCAUGAUGAUCACAGAAGGAAUAUAUAAAAAUCGCUUGUUUCGAUUCAAGAUAAAGAUACCGCAUGCCUAUCCAUUUAAGCCUCCAAAGCUUUUGUGUCUGGAUAAAGUGUUCCAUCCAAAUAUUGAUGAUGAUGGAAAUGUUUGCAUGGAGAUUUUGAGGCUAGGGUGGAGGCCUAGCCAUGGGUUGGAGAGCAUACUUGUUAAUCUUUAUGUUAUAUUUGUUGAAAUCACAGGAGAAGAUGCAUUAAACACACAGGCAGGAGAUUUAUUCAAGCUAGACUAUGAAAGGUUUGUAAGAAUUGCAAGGGGCCAGGAAAGAAUCUAA